GCUGACGCACGCAUGCGCCCUCGCACCUCCCUCCCAGCCCGGGUUUGACCUCCAGCGCCCGGGAGAAGAUGGCCUCGCCUGCAGCGUCCGGGCUCGCCCGGCAGGUGCGAUGCUUCAGCACGUCUGUGGCCAGGCCGUUCGCCAAGCUGGUGCGGCCACCUGUCCAGGUGUACGGUGUGGAAGGCCGCUAUGCCACUGCUCUGUUCUCUGCUGCAUCUAAACAGAAUAAACUGGAUCAAGUAGAAAAGGAGCUGUCAAGAAUAGCGCAACUCCUGAAGGAACCCAAAAUGGCUGCCUCCAUUUUGAACCCCUUUACGAAGCGUUCUGUUAAAGUGAAAAGCCUGAACGAGCUGACGGCCAAGGAGAAGCUCUCUCCCCUCACAGCCAACCUGAUCAAUUUGCUCGCUGAGAACGGCCGCCUGACCAGCACGCCCGCCGUCAUUGCCGCCUUUUCCACCAUGAUGAGCGUGCACCGGGGGGAAGUCCCGUGCACGGUGACCACUGCCUCGGCUUUAGAUGAAGCCACGCUCUCUGAAUUAAAGACGGUCCUGAACAGCUUCCUGGCCAAAGGCCAAGUGUUGCAGUUGAAAGUUAAGACUGACCCGUCAAUCAUGGGCGGGAUGAUUGUGCGCAUCGGAGAGCGGUAUGUUGACAUGUCCGCCAAAACCAAGAUCCAGAAGCUGAGCAAAGCCAUGCGGGAGGUGUUCUGAACGCGCUGAGGCUUCUGUCGGCGAAAUGUAAAGCUUGGAGCAACAAUAAAAUGCUUCCUGAACAGAA